AUGGCCUCACUCACCGGCCCCCGCACGCGCGCCGGCCGCCCUGGCCGCACGCGCGCCCCCUGCCUGUGCCCGCGCCCCACCUCGUUCGGACGCGCCCGCUCGGCUCCCUACGCGUCUGCUCCGCCUUGCAGCCCUGCUGCGUGUGCCGCUCGCCGCGCGUCCGCGCCGUUCCGCCGCUGCAUCGCCGUGCGGCCCCGCAACGGCCGCCUCGCCACACGCACGCCUGCUCACCGCGCUCACCUCCCCCUGCCCGCGCUAGCCCGCGCCCCUGGUGCCCCGUGCGCGUCGCCUCUGCGCGCCCCGCGAGCCUCCCCUGUCAUCCCCUCGCGCGCGCGCCACACCGCCGCUCGCCCCGCUGGCCGCGCCCGGCUGCGGCUCCCGCUCUACUCCGGCCUCGCACCCCGCCUCCACUGCGGCUUGCCACCGCACUUCGCCUCGCAGCCCCCGUGCUGUCCGCGACCCGGGCCCCGCUGCGGCCUCGUCCCCUCCCCGCUCCGCCCUGCACGCCGUCGCGCCGUCUGCCACCCGCCUUGGUCGCCGGCCCCUCCACCGAAACCGCUCGUCGCCGGCCCCGCCUCCUACCACGGCCCCGCCGCGUCGCUGCUCCGGCCACAGUCGCCGUGCGCCCACGCCCGCGCCCUGCGCCUGUUUCCCGUCGCCCGACCCACUAAGGCCUCUGUGCCACUGGACAGAGGGACCCGGCCCCAGAACGUUUAA